UCUAAGUCACCAUGCCUUCUUCUUCUUCUAACCCUAACCCUCUAAACAACACAAAUACUCAUAAUGUCCCAUAUGCCCCAUUAUUGCCAUGCGGCUUUCCCCCCAACACCACUUUCGUCCAAACAGACCCUUCAAACUUUCAGGCCGUCGUCCAGAGACUCACCGGCGCAACCCAAGACCCAUCGGUCCAGAAGCUCCCCGUCGUCCUCCCCGCACGCCGUGCCGGAAAACCCAACUCCGCCCAUCACCGCCCACCCUUCAAGCUCCACGAACGAAGGCUGCAGACCUCAAAAAAGCUCCAGAUCACCCUCAACGGCGGCGGCGGCGGAACAGUUGGACGGCUAUCGCCGUCUGCUUCGGCGGCGGCGGCGACGCGUGUGGUGAUGGGCUCACCCGUGUCGCCGCUGGAAAUGUUGGCACGACGGAGCCCGACGUCGGCGGUGGAAAAUGAAGAAGAAGAAGAGAGGGGCAUUUCGGAGAAGGGGUUUUGUUUCCGUCCGAGUCCACUCAGUACGCCUAGAGGCGGCGGCCGGUCUGAACCGCCGGAGCUUUUGCCUCUGUUUCCCCUUCACUCACCAUCAACACGCCACCAUUCAUCUUGUUCAUAAUGUCAUCAUUUUAUUUUCCUGUUUAAAUUUAUUUUAUGA